CGCCGGUCGGAAAGGCUCCCAGGAGGAGUGGAACAAAAAGUAAUGUAGUUUUGUAUAAGCCCGGCCGUUCUAUGAAGUAACCAUGGACACUUCCGGUGUAACCGUGGUGGGGGUGGCCGAUUGGAAAAAGUACGGGAAAAGGUUUCUGUUGUGCCGGCUGCUGCUACUGUAGUGAUGGCAGCGCGAUUUUUGCGCCGGGGAAGUGCUCUAAUGGAGAUACGACUCUUCUAUGAGGCUCCAAAAGCGAGACUUGGCUGGCGACGCCAAGUCCUCUCAGGGAGAAGAGGAGGGGGAAGCGAGGUGCUUGAAAAAUCCAGAUUUUUCAGAAGAGGACUUGCAUUCUCAGCACUGUCCUACUUGGGUUAUGAAGCAUACAUAUUCAUCUCUCACUCUGGUGUGGUUCAUGCUGAUGUUAAAGUUGAUGAAGUCCUAGAUCAAGCAGACUACCUAUAUGGGAGUGGGGAAACUGAAAAGCUGUACCAAUUGCUGGACCAAUACAAAAACAGUGAGAAUGCAGAAUUAUUGUGGCGCCUGGCACGAGCAUCGCGUGACUUAGCUCAGCUUAGUCAUACUUCUGCAGAGAAAAAGAAGCAGCUGACUUAUGAGGCCCUUCAUUAUGCAAAGAAAGCACUCAACAAAAACCCAUCAUCUUUUAGUGUGCAUAAGUGGUAUGCAAUCUGCAUCAGUGAUGUGGGAGAUUAUGAAGGAAUAAAGACAAAAAUUGCCAAUGCUUUCAUUAUCCAGGAACACUUCCAGGCUGCCACUGCUGCCCUGCCGAGGCUGCUUACCAACCACCUGCUGAGACUUUCAUUGCUGCUGCAUAAGCCGUUGCCACCACUUAGCAGCCUCCCCCCCUCCCUUGGCCUUGAGCCCAGCAUGGCUCCACCUUGCUUUCUUCCCUGCUUUCCCCCUGCCCCCAGCCUUGAGACUAGCAAGCUGCCUCCCAUCUCCCCUUGCCUGCUGCUGCUGACACCACCACCACCAAGGCAGGCUGCUGAAGCAUUCACGAAAGCAGUUGAACUGAAUCCAAAGGAUGCUACGUCACUUCACCUUAUGGGGAUUUGGUGUUAUACAUUUGCUGAAAUGCCAUGGUAUCAGAGCAAAAUAGCUGCAGUUUUAUUCUCAACGCCGCCCAGUUCCACCUAUGAGGAGGCUUUACGUUACUUCCAGAAAGCUGAAGAUGUAGAGCCAAAUUUCUACAGUAAAAACUUGCUCUUCUUGGGAAAGACAUACAUGAAGUUAAACAACAGAAAAAUGGCCCUUCUGUGGUUAACAAAGGCCAAAGAACGGCUGGCACACACAGAGGAGGAUAAGCAGGUACAAAAAGAAGCUGUAGAAUUGCUAAAUUCUCUGUGACAAGGUUAUUGAAAGUAUAUGCUUUUCUACAAUAUAUUGCUUACUAAUCGGAGACUUAAAACAGUCCUGGCAUUAUGAAAACGGCUACAUUUUGAACAGGAAGAAAUUCUAGAAUGUAGUGAAUGUUAUGUAUAAAAUAUGUAAUUCCAAAUGCAGUUAUGAACUUCACAAA